CUUGCGUCCCCGGUGCGUGUGCGGCGUUUAUCAAUAAAGCCCCCCCGCUCACACCCCGCCCCCACCUUGCUUCACCCUCACUCCUCUCCUUCCAUAUUCUUUUGAAAAUCCGAGGGGCAUUGAGAAAUAGAGAAACCCGAGAAACCCUAGCUUUCUUUUUCCCGUUUUCCUCCAAAACUCGAGUCCCAAAUCGGAAGCCCACCGGUCAUGGCGUCCAGGUUUGGGCUCGCCGGAGGGAUCCCGGAGCGGCGGGUCCGGUCGAUAUGGGACGCCGUCGACUCUCGGCAGUUCAAGACCGCGCACAAGCUCGCCGUCGGUCUCCUCGCCAAGUAUCCUAACUCUCCUUAUGCCCUUGCACUCAAGGCUCUUAUUUUGGAGAAGAUGGGGAAGCCUGAUGAAGCACUGAGUGUUUGUUUAAAUGCUAAGGAGCUGUUACAUUUAGAUAAUGUGGUUCAUGUUGAUGAUCUGACUCUCAGCACUUUACAGAUUGUUUUCCAACGGCUUGAUCGAUUGGAUCUGGCUACUUCUUGCUAUGAGCAUGCUUGUGGAAAAUAUCCAAACAACUUAGAAAUGAUGAUGGGUCUUUUCAACUGUUAUGUUCGUGAGUACUCAUUUGUGAAACAACAACAGACAGCCAUUAAAAUGUACAAAAUUGUGGGUGAAGAAAGGUUUUUGCUCUGGGCAGUUUGCAGCAUACAAUUACAGGUAUCAUGCGGCAGUGGGGGUGAGAAACUAUUAUCAUUAGCUGAGGCUUUACUCAAAAAGCACAUAGCUUCACAUAGUUUGCAUGAACCAGAAGCUCUUGUUAUAUAUAUCUCAAUAUUGGAACAACAAAUGAAGUAUGAAGCUGCGUUGGAAGUUCUUUCUGGUAAUUUGGGCUCUCUUAUAGGAAUUGAGGAGGACAAGUUACGCAUGCAGGGUAGACUUCUUGCUCGUGCAUGUAACUAUGCUGCUGCUGCUGAGAUCUUCCAGAAAGUCCUACAGUCAUGUCCUGAUGAUUGGGAGUCCUUCCUCCAUUAUUUUGGUUGUUUGCUUGAGGAGGAUAUGAACUGGUCCAGUGCUAGCUCUACUGAUCAAAUAUGUUCAUCACGUUCUGUUGAUUUUCCAGCCAGCAAGGCAAAUCAUUUGACUGUGGAAGUGUUUGAUUCACGCAUAUCAAGUGCAUUGUCAUUUGUAUGGAAGUUACAAUUGGACAUCCAGAAUGAUUGCAUUAGAGGUCCUUACUUGGCAAGUAUUGAAAUUGAAAGACAGCGCCGUCUGGGUGGAAAAGCUGAUGAUGGCAAAUUUAUGGAGGCUUUGCUUAACUAUUUUCACAGGUUCAGUCACUUGUCUUGCUUUACUUCUGAUGUGGAAAUGUUCAUCUGCAUCUUAUCUGAAACUGAGAAAGCCGAGUUAUUGGAGAAGUUUGUGAAAAUAUUGGAAACUUCAUCAACAUCACCGAUCAAAGCACUGGGUCAGGCUAUAACAGUUUUUAAGAUUCAAGAACUUUUCGGUGUCAUGUUUAAAUUCCCUAUCACAGAACUUGAAGGUACUGCUAAAAGAAUGGUGGAGAUGUACUGCAAAAACCUCAUACUUUCAAGGGACUUGGAUCUUCAGGAAAACAUGCACGGAGAAGAACUUUUAUCUAUGGCAAGCAAUGUUCUUGUACUGCUGUUCUGGCGAACAAGGAAGUUGGGAUAUUUGCUGGAAGCAACUAUGGUUUUGGAAUUUGGCCUGAACAUCCGAAGAUAUGUGUGGCAGUACAAGAUACCUUUGAUGCAUUUAUAUUCUUACAUGGGGGCUCUUUCAUCAGCAUAUGAGUGGUAUGUUACUCUUGAUGUAAAAAAUAUUUUACUGGAGACGGGCUCCCACCACAUCUUGCCCUAUAUGUUGAAAUCACCAAAUUGGCUGGAAACCGGCAAUCUUAUGAAAGAGUAUCUGAAGUUUAUGGAUGAUCAUUUGAGAGAAGUUGCCGAUCUUACCUUUCUUGCCUAUCGCCAUCGUAAUUAUUCAAAAGUAAUUGAAUUUGUUCAGUUCAAAGAACGCUCGCAACAUUCAUAUCAGCUUUCGAUGGUGAGACUUGAAGCUUUGAUCCUACAAUUGAAGGAAAAAGCAGAUAAUAUUGAGGAAAUACAGGGCAUUCUUGAGAAUGCAAACUAUGGUAUUCAAUUGCUUGAGCUGUCAAAUGAAGAUAAACUGAAAUCCUUGACAUUCAAUGAAGAUCUUCAGGCACGGCCUUGGUGGUCUCCUACUCCUGAAAUAAAUUACCUUUCAGAGCCAUUUGAAGAAGGAUCUGCAUGCCUCAGAGAGAAAUUGGAUCAGCACAAAGUGGGUGAGAAGGAACAGAUUGCAAGAAAACAUAUUGAGACAAAAUCCCUUAUUCCUCGAUUAGUUUAUCUGUCAAUCCAGGCCUCUACUUUUUCUCUAAAGGAAAAUCUUGAGCCUAAUGGUUCUGUCUCUGAUGUGAAAGUCAUCCUUGAAAUGAAGUGUCUGCUAGAGAGAUAUGCAAGGAGCAUUGGUCUUCCUUUCGAUGAUGCAGUAGAUGUGAUUCUUGGGAUAGCAAAGGGCCAAAAGUCCUUCAAGGAUCUCGAUUCAGACAUCAUCAGCUGGAUAAACUUUGCCAUUUUUGUCAAUGCGUGGAAUUUGUGCUCCCAUCACCCUGGGCUUGUCAGUGAGGAUGGAUGUGGUCUAACAUCAUGGCACGUUGUAAAUUUCUUGGUUAAGACUUGCACUGCUGAGGUCCUGAUGCAGGCACAACCAAUACUAACAAAUCCUGGCGGUAGUCUUCCUGUUCUGGUACAAUUGGUUACUGAAUCCUUUUCUUGGCAUGUUCUAGUCAUCCAGUCCUGUCUAAAAUCAAUGCUUCCAUCGGGAAAGAAGAAAAAGAAAGGUGGUGCAGUGGAUCAGAUGAACUCGCCACACUUGCAGGCUAUACAUGAUUCAAUUCAAUGUUUAAGUAAUGCGAUACGAGGAAUCCAAAAAUGUGUAGGUGAUCAAAUCAAUAAGCCCGAGGAUCAAAAUUUGGAUAUUCUAUUGUCUCUAGUGCAAAUGGAGGACUGUGAUGAGGGGCCAGGAUAUGUGCACCAGGCUUUAGCAGAGAGUGCAUCCGCAAACAGUUCUGAACUUGGUGACAGGAUAUCUGGAGCUCUACAAUCAUGGAAUUCUGCUAGUGGACUGAGAAAAAUAAUAGCGGCCCAAAAUAAAUUGCUAUCACACUUUCAUAGGAUAUGUGGUUCAAAGUUGAAGCUGCUGGAGUCAUUGAAACGGUCAACAUAGGGAAGAGAAUCAUGGCGGGACCCUCAUGCGGCUCCAUCAGAAUUUUCCGCAUAUUUUCAGUUUUAUUCUGGUGUUUGGUUGGAGAAGUUCCUGCUGAACGGCUGUUGGUCGUGACCUCCAUGCUCUGUACCUUCACAGUGAGAAUUUUGAUUUCAUUAUUUUUUCAUAUGUUUUCGCUGAGUGGGAAACCUCCCAGUGGUAAGGAAUGAGGUCUGUGUACAAUGAAUAAACCAUAAAUCUCGGGUUUCAAUAUAAGAACUUGCGGACAGCAUCUCUCUAAUGCUGUGUGUAUCUGUUGCAUUUCCUGGAAGGUGUGGCUUUGUGGAUGUAAACUAGUUGCAGCUUGGUCAAUCUUUGCCUCAUCAGUAUCCAGAUGCUGGUGAUUAGAUUUGAAAUUUUAAUUGUUUGUGUAUUGUGUAUAAGUAUUGAACUCUAAAUUAUUCAAAUUGUUUUAUUAAUUCUGUCAUUGAA